AUGGUGGUUGCUGAAACAAUGAAAAAUGCAUCUGUUAAAAUAUCAGUUUCAGAUUCGGAUUCCUCCAAUUCUGGUGUUGAAUCGGAUUCACAACAUGAAGCAGAAAUAUCUGAGGCGGAUGACGAAAGUCAAGAUGAACAAGAAGGAAACGGUGAACUUAUAUUAAAAAAUGAAGGUUGGGCCGAUUCUCUAGCUAAAAUUCUUGGAUCCAAUAAACCCAAAAGCAAGAAGACAUUGGUUUUAUCAAGGGCAAAGAAACAUUCAGAAUUGAUUAAAAAAGUGAAAGAGGAAAAACCUAGUUUUGAAAUCAUUGGAGAGAAUGCCACUUAUGUAGUAGUGAAGCCAGAAUUAAAAAUAGAAGAAACAGAAACUAGUGAUGAACCUGUGGCUAAAAAAAAGAGACAGGAAAAGACAUCCCUACGCACUAAACCCAACAUAUUAGAAAAGGAUAGAGAAAGGUUAUUAGCUAAGAUUGCAACAAAGGGGGUUGUUCAACUAUUUAAUGCAGUCAGAAACCAACAGAAAACCUUUGAAAAAGAAUUAAGUAGUGACGCAACAGAAACUAAAAAAGAAAAGGUGUUGAAAAAGUUUGAUAAAAGAUCAUUUUUAGAUUCUUUGAUGGGACAAACAAAAUCUAUACUUGUAGAUGAUAAUACUAAGAGUACAAAAGAGGAAGUUAAAUUAGAAGAAAAACCAAAAUGGAAUGCAUUAAGGGAUGACUUCAUGAUGGGAGCAAAAAUGAAAGACUGGGACAAAGAGUCAGUUGAAGAAUGA